AUGGCCAUCACCGUCACCGAGACCCCUACAGACGCCAAUGGUGCCCAUGCCAAUGGCAAGGUGAUUGUCAAUGCCAGCGGCCAUGGGCAUGCCACCGGACAUGCCACCGCAGCGUUCACCGAAGCUCGCCUCGCUAAACCCCCGAGUGCCCACCUGCUCCAGUACGACCUCAUUCCCCUACUCGAGCGCGAGAAGAAGCAGUUCGACCAAUACCUGCAAAUCGAUCUCGCACACCUUGUCAUGCUUGUUGAGCAGGGCAUCGUUGCUCGCGAUGUUGGCCGUGCCCUCCUUCCCGCCCUCAGCGAUCUACGCAAGCGCGGUGCGGCCGGAGUCAACAUUGACCCAGCCAAGGGCAGCAUGUUACUCCAAAUCGAGGGAACUCUUGCUGCUGCCCUCGGUGAGGACAUUGCUGGUAACCUUCACACGGGUCGCAGCCGAAUCGACCAGGGUGCCACUGCUCGCCGACUCUUCAAGCGUAAUGUUCUCCUCGAGAUCCUCAACGCAGUUGCCACCCUCGAGGAGACGCUCAUCAAGACCGCCAAGCGUCAUCCCGGUAAUCUCAUUCCCACAUACACGCACCUACAACAAGCUCAGCCCGGUCAUUUUGCACACUAUCUGCUUGGCUAUGCCGACCGCCUUCACGACGACUUUCAGCGCUGCUCCGAUGCCUUCGCCCGCGCCAACAGGAGUCCUCUGGGCUGCGUCGGCUUGUCUGGCACUUCCUGGCCCAUCGACCGUCAGCGUACCCGCGAGCUUCUCGGCUUUGAUGACAUUGUACUGAGCUCACGACUUGCUCGCGAAGCGUACUACGCCGCCGAGAUUGCCAGCUCCUUGGCGUUUGUCAUGGCCACGCUCAACGACCUCGCGACGGACCUCCACAUCUGGUCCAGCAUCGAAUUCGGCUUCAUCCAACUAGACGACGGAUACUGCAGCACCAGCAGCAUCUUCCCUCAGAAGAAGAACCCUGUCGCGCUCGAGGUUAUCAAGUAUGGAGCAGGGCCGGCAGUCAAUUGGGGCGGUUCGGCCCUCGCUGCUUUCCGGGGUGAAGGUUCUGGCGACCAAGCAGUGCGAAAGGUGCCCGAGCUUGACGCGGCGUUCGACAAGACAAUCGCAAUGCUUGACCUCGCAGGCGGCAUCGUGUCAACUUUGACUGUCAACUCGGACCGUGUGCAGAAGACUUUGCAUGAGAGUUGGUCGACCACAAGUAACCUCGCCGACGAGCUCGUGCGCAAGAAUGGUCUCUCAUUCCGUCAAGCCCACCACGUCGUGGCUCGCCUCGUGCGCAUCUGCGAGGUCCAGGGCAUCGCCCGUGCCGGCGUUACACCAGCGGUGCUGUCACAGGCUGCGUUCGAGACACUAGGCCAGCCCCUCGACGGUUGGACUGCCGAGGAGUUAUCGGCGUCACUUGACCCUGUGGCUUUUGUGCAGACCCGCAUUAGCGAGGGGAGCAUCGGCCCGGAGCAACUCGCCAAGCUUACCGCGGUCGCUGAACAGCGUGUCAAGGGCGACCGCAUGUGGCUUCAGAACAAGAAGGACCAGAUUGCUCUGGCAGCGAGCAAGCUUGAUGCGGCCAUUGUCUCCAUUGUAGAAGGUUGA